AAUGGCAGCACUGGCAGUGUAGCUGUAUAACGGGAGUGAAAAUAAAGUUUUGAUAUCGAUCGUUGAGUGUCUGAAAAACUAGGAAUAUUUGUGUAAUACGGGCUCGGUCAGCGUAGAUUCGAUACGGAACGGUACCAUAAGGAGCGACGAUGCAGCGUUCCGCUGGAGAAGAAUCUGAAAAUGGAGACAAUUUAGAGGAAAUUCCGUCGGAUACAAACCCCACAGUUGCGAGUGCUCUCACCAGUAGCAGUGAAUCGCAGUCCGGAAUCAGCGGGGAUUUCAAUGCCAAUGUAACCCAUCAACAGAAUCUAUCACUAUCGGAACCUCCCUCUCUGUCCGAUGGACUUUCCUCGGUGGGCGGUUCCAGUGAUUCGAUGAGCAUUACCACCAAUGCAACGCGUAACUCGAUUAAUCUUACCAGCACACCGAAGCUGAACUCGGAUCGAAACUCGAAGAACGGUUCACAGUUGCAGUUGGCCACCCUAAGCGGAAACGGAUCUGGCCCAGGUCCUGGGGGUGGUAACGGCGACGGUGGAAACGUCAUAGAUGAAGGUGAUACUGUGACAGUUAUCGAAAACCUAUCGAGUACCGAAGUGGAGUCUGUUAAAUCGCCCGUGAUCACCACGAACACGUCAGUGCGGUUAAGUUUGUUACCUUGGAAUACCCAUAACCGUUCGUCGAUUAUUUCGGCGAGCGUUUCGGCCACAAUCGACAUGAUGGCCGCCAACGAUGGGACGUUGCGUCCCGGAGAGAUAGUGAUGCGAACGUUGUUUGCUGAUUUUACCGUACAAGCAGAGAAAAAAAUAGAAAUCGUCAUGCUGGAAAGUUCUGACAAAAAUUUGGCCAAGCUGUUGCAACGUGGAGAAGAUAAUCAGUUCGAUCAGUUGCUGCAAGCACUCGGCUCGGUAGCCGAGCAUUGUUUGCCCUCGCUGUUGAAGGCAUUACUUGCGUGGCAUCGACAUCAGAUAUGCGAUGGUGAUAUCAAACGUGACUACAAGCGAUUCGAAACUGAACGUCAGGCGGCAGCAACGGCCAAAUCUAGUAACGAUUUGGAGUUUCAACUCCAGCGACGAGAAGCCGCGGUAGAAUUCAUAUUCUGUUUGGCUUUGAUCGAAAUCCUCCGACAAUUUUCAUUCCAUCCCGGCCAUGACGAUAUGGUUAAGAAUAUCGAAAAUCUUGCCUUCCGCCAGUUUAAGUACAAAGAGGGCGUUCAGUCGUCACCGAACGCACAGUAUAACCAUAUGAUUGCGGAUUUAUACGCCGAAGUGAUCGGAGUGCUAGCGCAAAGCCGUUUUGCCUCCGUGAAGAAACGAUUUAUGACUGAGCUGAAGGAGCUUCGAAGCAAAGAACCGAGUCCGCAUACCACCCACAGUAUCAUCAGUUUGUUGAUGGGAAUGAAAUUUUUCCGCGUGAAAAUGGCCCCGAUUGAGGAGUUCGAGGCAUCCUUCCAGUUUAUGCACGAGUGCGCACAGUAUUUUUUGGAGGUUAAAGAUAAGGAUAUCAAGCACGCGAUGGCUGGUUUGUUUGUGGAAAUUCUGGUUCCAGUGGCAGCAGCUGUCAAAAACGAGGUCAACGUUCCCUGUGUGAAGAAUUUCGUGGAUUUGUUAUACUCGCAAACGUUGGACGCGUGCACUAAAUCCAAACACAAGCUAGCGCUCUUUCCCCUUGUCACAUGUUUACUGUGUGUAUCGCAGAAGUCAUUCUUUCUCAGUAAUUGGCAUUGCUUUCUUGCAAUGUGUCUCAGUAAUCUGAAGAAUAAAGACCCUAAAAUGAGUCGCGUCGCUCUGGAGUCGCUGUAUCGACUGCUGUGGGUGUAUAUGAUAAGGAUAAAGUGCGAAUCUAACUCGGCAACCCAUUCCCGUUUGCAGAGCAUAGUAAACUCGUUGUUUCCCCGGGGAUCUAAAGCGGUUGUUCCGAGAGAUACCCCGCUGAAUAUAUUCGUGAAGAUUAUUCAAUUUAUAGCACAGGAGCGACUGGACUUCGCGAUGAGAGAUAUUGUAUUUGAACUGCUGUGUGUUGGGCGGCCGAUCAAGAUAAUUAUGACACCCGAGCGGAUGAGUAUAGGUUUGAGAGCAUUUUUGGUUGUGGCGGAUUCUCUGCAGCAGAAGGAUGGAGAACCACCCAUGCCAAGGACAGUUGGUGUUUUGCCCUCUGGAAACACGUUGAGAGUGAAGAAGACUUAUCUAAAUAAAAUGCUAACGGAAGACACCGCGAGAAGUAUUGGAAUGUCGAAUUAUUUUCCUCACGUACGAAGAGUAUUCGUGGAUAUUUUGAGAGCUCUUGACAUCCACUGUGGACGGCCACUCAUGAUGACCAUUAACCAGAACUUGAAUAAAGAACCCGACGAAAUGCUGACGGGCGAAAGGAAACCUCGAAUCGACUUGUUCAGAACCUGUGUGGCCGCAGUCCCAAGGAUUAUUCCUGACAAUAUGACUGGUCAUGAGUUGGUUGAUAUGCUUUCAAGAUUGACCAUCCACAUGGACGAAGAACUUCGAGCGUUGGCUCACCAGUCCUUGCAAACAUUAGUGGUUGAUUUUCCCGACUGGCGCCAGGAUGUGAUCCAGGGAUUCACCCAGUUUCUUGCCAGAGACGUUGUCGAUACAUUCCCCCACCUGUUGGAUAACGGUCUGCGAAUGCUUUUCGCGUUCCUCACGGUCUGGAAAAAUGCGCUCAGCAACAGUAGCACAAACAACAGCAAUAACAACACUUUGAAUACGAAGGGCGCCACGAAUACUGCGGCAGCACAACGUGUCGCUUUCCAGCAGCAGGACUCGGGCUUUUCCAAAACACAACCUCAACAGAGUGCUUCCUCGAUGAAUGCAGUUACCAUCAACUCAAACUCCAGCGCCAGCUCUGGAAUAUCGUCGAUUACGCAGACCACUACCAUCCAUGCGGUGGGAGGAGGAGGAAUCGAUUCAAGCGGGCACGGUUCCUCUGGAGGGAAGAAAAACCACGAACAGCCGCUGGCUACCACGAUGCAUAUGGUCGAAGGUUUCGCGCUGGUUAUGCUGUGUAAUUGCCGAUCUGCGCCUCGAAAAUUUGCCGUGAACAUUUUGAAGGAGGUAAAAGUAUUGAUGAAAGCCCUUGGUAUUGUGGAGACGGAGCCACCGCUGAUUGAUGUAAUUGAUCGAUGCUGCCCACAGGUGCUGGAAAAAUGUCUCCACAUGCUGCCCCAGGCCGAUCGCUCGGCCAUGCUAAACGCAAACGUAAUUGAUUUGCAGUGGAUAGUGGAGCGAAACAGUGGUGUUUGGACAGUGGGCCACAUAGAGGACUCGACCAAAGCGUCAACCCUUACCCUGUGCCACUCGCAGUCCAGCGGGCAGGUGUACGAUCCGUGGAGUGUUUGCUUGUUUGGAUUCAUGGAGCGCCAACACGUCCUGCAGCAUUGUCCCUCGGCGACGGCCCAGGCGUGGCCUAUUUGCUAUCAGCGUGUGACCAGUUUAUUUAACGUGAUUGAUCCAACACCGGUGAGUGAUAACCGCGCUUCGCUGCUGCGUAGUUCGGCCCCACCCAAAAAACCACCAUCGGAGGCCCAGCGUGACUCUCUGGCACACUUGUGGAAAAAUCAGGUGGCUUUAGCGAUGCGCUUGGUUCCGCAAAUGCCGAGUGUGGCCGUUCGCUGUGCUUCGCCUGAUCUCAGUCUUAGUCUGCAUGACCAGUCAGAUUCCCGUUCGCUGUCCGAUUCGUUGGAUAACAUUCCGUCAUCCGUGUUUGGACCAGAAGGGAUUGUAACACGUUUCACCUUACCUCUAUCCUAUGGCCGCAAAGAUGCCAGACAUAAGAGACAAGGUUCCUCGCCGGAUUCUCUAUCGGCCGACCGGAGCGACAAGUCCAGUGGUAACACAGCUUCCCCGGUGGCACUGUACAAACUGGUAAUACCAUUGUUACGGUGCGAAGUAGCUGAUAUACGUGAUGCCGCUGUGAACGCGCUUGGAAUGAUCAACCAUGAUGCCCUCAAAGAUUUAAUGGAGGAACUCGUAGUAUACAUCCGGGAGGCGAUAGAUCGUAAACAGGAAAAUAUGCGUAGGAGGAGACGACGGGACGCACUGCGGCUCCAGCUGGUUCGGGUGUUAGAAAAAAUAGUCGAAAACGGAACGUUUGGCAUCAGUCCGUUCGUGCUGGAACGUGAGACCAUGUCCCUCCAUCCGACUUUUGUUGAGUAUAUUGACGGGGCUCGAUUGUAUCUGGAGGCGGAAACGGACAAAGAUAACAGCAGCAUGCGUGAGGUGAAAACUCAUUUCUGUGAUUUCAUUCGCAAAAUGAUUAAAAACUUUUCGCUGGAAUCCUGUGUCACGUUGCUAUCGCGUGAGUUGAAGCGAAAUCUGGUGAAUUUAUUUGCCUGCUGGAGUGGAUCUUAUGCAGCGUCAUUCGGUGCCACUAGUGGGAUAAAUAGCAGUGCAAGUCAUCAUGCAGUCAACAUAAGCACUAGUAGUAGCGUUUCGUCUGACGAGGAAAAGUUGCAGUUUAGUGCGUUACAGGCGACAUCUGCUUUGUUAUGCUGUGGUCCAACAUUCGAUACCAACCUUCUUGCCGAGGACGGCGCUAUCUACAACUGGCUCGACAUGCUGAUGGCAUCAAAAGAUGAAAAGAUAUACGACCUUGCGAAGGAAACGGUGGUUCUGCUGCUCGAAUCUAAUCCAGAUAUCGGCCAGCUGUUGGAAUGGGUCAUCGAUAGAUGCUAUACAGCCUUCCCCCAUGAAGCGGACGCGUGCUUUCUUGCUCUGGCUGUCAUAUUCAGCGCACGCGAGUAUCCCUGCGAUCAUUACACGUCUGUUAUCAAUGUGACACUGCUGAUGACCGGAUGUCCACGCGUUGAAGUCCACUCGACCGCUCUGCAAUUAUUGCAGAUAUUGGACAAACGGUUUUUCGGUACCGUUGGUCCGUUGCAGUCCGAAAAUGAUAGAGAAUUAGACAAAGUUGGUACACUCGAUGCCAUUCUUAGUGGGGCUUAUUGCAGGUCCCAGAUGUACUUGUCGAGGCAAAUGGCCAGGCUUCGACCUGAACUAACAAUGUCCAUGUUUUCUGAGAUAACCCACCGUUUCCAGACAGCACGUUCUGAAGUGCGGGCUCUGCUGUUGCAAUGCCUACUCCCGUGGCUUGAAAAUAUGGAACUGGUAGCUUCCAGCGUCCCACCCGCAACACCCUUAUCGUACAUAAUGUACUAUCCGGAUUCGAGCAGCAGAGGCCGGCGAGAGGGUUCCGGGUCAACAGAGGCAACCGAAAUGAUUUUGAACAAUUUGUUCUACAUUACUGCGAAGUUUGCCGAUUCCCAUCCAUACAUCGAGGAAUUGUGGGGAACGCUGUGUCAGUUUUGGCCGAACAACCUGAAGGUAAUUCUUCGCUACUUACUGAUAGUUUCCGGAAUGGCUCCCAACGAACUGCUGGCUUAUGCGAAACGAGUUGCUCUCUACCUGGCCAGAUCCUGCACUAAUCGUUUGUUGGACGAGCUAAUGAGUGAGCUGCAGACUGUGGAAACGCUGAAUUGCUUAAUUGAGCGCACCGAAACUCCACCAUUCUACCGGCUAACAAGUAUGCGCAAAGCGUCCAGCCAUUCUGACGGCCCAGCUUCCGGGAAUAACGACUCCAAGGUGCAUGAAAUUGGUGUCGAGAAGGGAACAAUACACACCAAGCGCCACAGCGGCGAGGAUCCAAUCAAGUCGGGAACAUGUAAAUCCGAUAGUGCAUUGCGAACGUUCGCCAACAGCUACCGACCACCGAGAGGCAGCGAUAAAAUACGUACCGCGUCUGGUCCGUGUGUGCUUCCGCGUCACGAGGAUAUGAUGCUGCUGAACGAGACGGACAUGAAUCAGGAGGAAAGCUUCCCUCAGCUGCGAAAUAACGAGCAACCAACGGCACCGCAUCCGCUCCCAAUGCCCGAGUAUGGUGGUUACUUCGCACCGCUGACAGAGUUUCUGCCGGACGCAACAAGUCCGAUCAGUGGAUUCCAUCGGUGUAAUGUGGCCGUGAUGCUGCUGACCGACAUUGUUGUCGAUGGGAUUCCAGGAUUGGAUUGGACGCUCCAUGUGCCGCUCAUGUUGCACAUUCUGUUUCUUGGACUGGACCACACCAGACCGAUAGUGCGAGACCAUUGUAAAAAGCUACUGCUCAAUUUGUUGAUCGUCCUAGCGGAGCACAACGAUCAUCUGAACGUGGCGAAAAUCUUGCUGAACAGUGACACUUCCAAGCUUCGGCUUGGAUUGAGUGUACCCUCACUGCCGGUUAUCGAUCAUAACUUCACCGAACCCGAUCAGGAGUUCGAUAGUUACCUCUUCGGGUUGAACAGCAACUUUCUCCAGUCCAACCUGUCACCCGCAUCCAACCAACCGAACGAGGAAACUCCCGUACCGACGAUUAUUGCUGAGGAGAAUGCACCCCCUCAACCGGGACCUACGAUGCCCACAGCGCACGUAAUCAAGAGUCUCGUCAAGUUCCUCUCGCAAGAUAGCGCUCAGCCUCUAUGGAAUUACGAGGACAUCACGGCGAAGGUGUGGGUCAUCAAGUCGGCGGAGCAGUUGCACUGUUUCCUUCGGCAUAUCGUGAAGGUGUUCUCCGACAGCUAUUCUCAUGCGAGAAUCGCCGAACGGUGGGCACAGACGGCCUUACAGCUGGGUCUGAGUUGCUCCUCACGUCACUAUGCCGGACGUAGUUUGCAGGUGUUCCGUUCACUUAAUGUGCCGAUCAAUUCACGUAUGCUGAGUGAUAUUCUGUCGCGGCUGAUCGAAACUGUGGCAGAGCAGGGUGAAGAUAUGCAGGGCUAUGUGACAGAGCUGUUGCUCACGCUAGAGGCGGCGGUUGAUAGCCUUGAUUCGGACUUCAGGCCGUUGGAUGUUAUGAAGGAUAUCUUUAAGAGUACACCUAAUUUGAACAAUAAGGAUGGUAACAUAUCGAAUGUCUACGGCAAUAAACGAUCGAGUGAUGGGAUGCCAGGUUCACCCCAGACUAUGAACCACAUGCUGAGCGGAGGACACACCAGAAGCACAAGCUAUUCUAUUUCGUACUGUUCGCGGAAAACGACAAAUUCACCGAUUGAUAAGCAGGUCGAACUUCGUAAUCGUUCCAAUGCGCUGGAGAGCGAUAGAAAUGCCGCUAAAUUCGGGUCGUCAUUAUCAAGGUCGCGAAGCGCCCAAAGUUUGAAACUUCUUGGUGAUACAGCAACCCAAGAUGAUAAAAUGACUAUUCUGGCGCAGCUGUUUUGGCUGGCAGUAUCAUUGUUGGAGAGUGAUUAUGAACAUGAGUUCCUGUUGGCCCUUCGGUUGUUGACUCGGGUGCUCCAUCGACUUCCUCUCGAUCGGCCCGAUGCACGCGAUAAGGUAGAAAAGUUACAACAGCAGUUAAAGUGGUCCACGUAUCCUGGAAUGCAUGCUCUACUGCUGAAAGGUUGUACACACUCCUCAACCUACGAACCUUCGAUUAUGGUACUUUCACAACUAUCUCCGCUGUUGAGUCUUCCGGUUUGUGAUCCCACCCAGAGUUGCGCCUUCCCAAUGAAUGUUAUUGCUCUGCUACCAUACAUGUUGCUGCACUACGAAGAUGCCAACGAGAUUUGUAUACGAAGCGCGGAGAACAUAGCACAAGUUUCCUCUGAAAUGGGGCUAAAGUUGGAAAACCUCGGGACUGUGAUGACACUUUACAGUCGGAAAACAUUCAGUAAGGAAUCUUUCCAAUGGACAAAAUGUGUCGUCAAAUACUUGUACGAUACGUACGCCCACAUGGGACUGCACAUGUUGGCGUUCUUGACCGAGGUUAUGGAGAAGGGACCCAGUCAAAUACAGCUGCAAGUACUGAGCGUGAUUCAUUGUAUGUUGCAUUACAUCGAUCUGUCAUCGGUGCAAGCGCAGCCAAUUGCUGGAGAUCUACUCAGAGUGAUUUCCAAGCAUCUCGACAGCCCCAACUGGAAGGAAGCGCUGAAGAUCCUCAAGCUGGUUGUCACCCGCAGUUCGAGUUUGCAAGUGGUCCCGCAGACAACAGAAAGCAGUUCCUCAUACGCAAACAUCCACGGCAGUUUCAGCGAUUCGGAAGUGUUCUGCAAGAAAGAGCUCGCCGGUCGCACAAUGGAAUUUUCCUUCGAUGUUUCCCAAACACCGCUGAUCGGGCGAAAAAUACUGCUGAAAUCGGACGGUGAGAACACCGUUGUUUCAGCUCAAAAUCCGAAAAAUGGACUGCCCGGUGCCAGCAGUAGCGCACACUACGGACACGUUGGAACUCCGAAUUCCCCUCGGCGGAGUGCGAGUCUCUCGCCGGCGGACACCGCGCCGCUCAGUGGCUGGAAGCGACCCUGGAUGUCACAGGGUCGCGUACGUGAGUGUUUGGUAAAUCUGCUCACCACCUGCGGUCAGCGCGUUGGACUACCGAAGAGUCCAUCGGAUGAAAUCUUAAGCUCGCUUUACUCCAAGGUCAUCUUCAGUCAAUCGUCGGAUCUUCUUGAGCGGCAAUCGUCCGCUGCGUCCAGUACCGACGAGACAUCCGGCGCACAGCAGGAUCUCAGCGGUGGUUCUAAGCGAGAUGAUGGGCCGCCUGAUUUUGGUGUGUUCAAAGAUUUCGAUUUUCUGGAGUACGAGAGCGAAAGCAUUGAGGGUGAAUCGACGGACAACUUCAAUUGGGGCGUCAGGAGGAGACCACUGUCUGAGGGUGACAGUGAGCCGCUCUCCGCCACCAAAGCCCAUUCGAACCUGGACGAGAGCUUGAGUGAAAAAACACCGGUGCUGAAUCGUCGCAAGAGACCAAACGCGGAUGAUUCGAGUGAUGAGGAAGUUGAAUCUGAGUCACCACUGGAUGAAGAACAGCGGCCGAUAUUCUCCAAGACGUCAUAUCUAAGCGGACCUCCGACAAGUUUGAGUUUGAGAGAGCGUAGGCACCGAAGAGAUUCGGUGUCCAGAAGCGAUACCAGUGGCUCCAGCGCUGGGGAUCUGGGAGAUAUAACACCUUGUAAUGCUUCGCCACAUUUGCCGGGAUUGCUCUCUUUCCGGGCUCCCAUCCGCGAUGAGAGUGAGUCGGUUUGGAGAAGGAAUCUUGUCGGUUUGCUGAUGAAUCAGCCCUCGGGUCAUGCACCCGACUUGCUGAACCAGCUAUUCAAACUGAUCAAGGAACUAUCACAUCGAUCGAUAACGAUUUCGAAGGAGUGCAUGAGAUAUUUUACUGGAACGGGAGUACAACUGGGUCAUCGUAUAUCAGUUUUAUCAGAUCUGCUUUCAUCUCGUGGCGAGCCCCCCAAAAUAUGGUACAGUCCGAGGCUGGUGGCUACACCUAGACUUUUCGAGAAUCUGCGCUACGGGGUUCUCGAAGUCCAGGAACAUCUCGAAACAUUCUUCGAUCGGAAAGAUACGGUCCUGGACAGUUUGGAUGCCGUGAAAACAUCCUGCAAGUUGGCUCUGUUCACAUCCGAUAUCGAUUCCGCAAACGAAGGAACCGGUUCGAAUCUGAUGUCUUCGAUGUCCGUCGAUCCUGCUACUACCGAACUGCUGCUGGAUCUCGGUCGGGGUUUGUACAAACUCAUGUUCCAGCUGUUGCUGCUGAUAGAAUCCGAUCAUAAAAUUGCGAUUGGUGUGGUGCAGAAUUUGAGACAGAAUGAAAAAAUGCAGGAUCUCUCCAACCUGUACGUGUCGGUUCGUGGUGCUCUUUUGCGCUGUAUCGAUGAUGCUGAAAUUGAGUCGCUGGAUACGUCCACUUCGACGGAGGGUGAGAAUACACCCACGCCAUCGCCCGGGCUACCGAUGAAUAACUGUGAAUUUGAGAACAGUCUCAUCGAGUUGAUUGACAAUCAAAGAUGGUCGGCGGCAAUAAAUCACGUCAAGCAGCACAAACAAAUGUCGAAUUUAUCCUCCUCGAAUUACAACCUUUCGGGAGCGAGCGGUGGAAGCGGCGGAGGCGGCGCAAAUGGCGGUUGUGGUGGUGGUGGCGGCCUGCAGCUAGACACAAGCGGUAACUCGAGCCUGGAACUCAAAUGCACCGAUGAUUUAUCAAUCAUUUUGAAUAUCUACUCGCAACGGCUGACGAUGGAACGCAACGAUGUAUUCAUCGCAUCCCGGUCGGAAAUUGAGCUGAGCGAAAUCUACCAAAUUCUAAUGGAAAAUCUAUUGCACGUGUCCUCGGCUUUGUCCAGCAUGGAAAUCACUAUGAAAACAACAAACAACACCAGCUCUUCGUCGUCAACAGUAACCACAAUGACGACAAUUCCUGCUGCCAGUGCUGGCGCCUCUCCAGCACCCGCUGGAUCAGUAAUGGGUGGCAACUCGUCGACUUUUGGCGGCGGCGUGGUUUCCCAAAUGGGUCCGAUCAUUGCACCAACCAAUCCGUUCAAAGAUACGGUUGACAUUAUCACCACAUUGUAGGACGGAGGACUCCAGGAUGGAUAGUGUGAGGAGCGCGCGUGGGAGCCAUUGGGAAAGGAUUUCAUUAAUUACUAUCAAUUUGAAUCAAUUUGUUACAUUUCAUUGAAUUCAUUGUGUUUCUACAUCAAAGUCGCACUAUAGCUACGGGGCUGCGAGCUAGGAACUUUGAUACGGCAGGAAGUUUAACGUUUUGCGACGCCGACUGGCAAAGGAUGAAUGUUUCUCCCGUUCGAAACACGAUAUGUUGAGUUAUAGUUUUGAUUAUAGUUGUUAAUUAGAUUUGACGCGAUUAUUUCAACUUCACGAAUUGGUAAUUGCAUUUUGUGCCGAUUGCGAAGAGCUGUUAGAGCUGCAGGAAAACGAUUGUGUUUGAUGAUAUAAUAUGUUUUACUACUGGCACACUUAAUGUGGUAACCUUAGGCACCAUAAACUUUUACUAAUACAGGAAAUGUCGAGUAUA